GGGAAGUUCGCAGACAUAUCAGUGAAGAAGUUCAGGAGCGAAAGUACUCUUUUAGUAAACGUUUCGCUCACCUUUUCAGGUACAGAAUUAUAUUUCUGCUUAUGUAAGUUUAUAUGUGUCGCUAAACAUAUAUUCGUAAUGUUUUUAGUGUGCUUCUGUUAUCAGUUCGUGCGCAGGAGGAGAAGUUAGCGAUACACGUGCAAGGGGUCGUCAGUAGUUUUAGCGUGUGAAGAUCGUUUAUUUACGAUGGAUGAGAUGCAGUCAGAUUCUCCUAACAAGGUUGAUGGGGAAAAGGUGAAGAAAAAGAAAAAGAAAAAGAGAAGUAAAACUACAGAGCAGCAUGAGCUCACUGAAAGUCCACAGGAACAGAGUGAGAAACGGCGCGAAAAGAAGGAAAAGAGGAGAAACAGUAAAACUGAAUCUGAUGAUAAUCUGCAAACACAUACAGGCAAGAAGAAGAGGAGAAAGCUGGAUAAUGAAGGCGAGACUUCAGUGAUGGAUGAUGGUGUCUCAAAUCAGCAUGAAGCACAAACACAAGAGCUUCAGGGCUCAAGUGAAGAGAAGACUUCUAGAAGAUUGAGAACGAGAGUAAGUGCGACACAGACCAGCUAUGUUGAGAUGGCAGAAGAAGAACAGACUAACACUGAGAUCGAGUCAGAGCAUGAGGAAGAAGAGCCAAACACGAGAGAUGAGGAAAGCGACCCGCCUGAUGUAAUGAUUGGGACUAGAACGCGCAAAACUCGUAAGAUUCCAGUAGAUUUGAAGCUCCUGGAAGAACUGAAAGAGUUUUGCCCUAAUAUGCCGAUAGAUUCCCGACGCGAUAGUGAUAAAAAUAAAAUGUUCAGGUAUGACCUGCCAAGAUUCAGGGAAUUCAAAAAACAAGGCAUCGCAAUGAAACAAGGAAGAUUUUCUGAAGCAGAAAAUGAGAGGUUAAGACAGAACGUAAGUAACAUUCUGGCUCUCACAAAAGUGAAAGAUGCUGCCAGGCUCUUUUAUCCCAAACUGUUCCCACGAGAGGAAGGGAAACUGGCCAAGGUGAAAAGAAAGUUCGGGUUUUAUCGAAAGAUUGCGGAAGGAAUUGCCAGGCCUUGUCAAGUUGUUUACUCCCGUGGACAGAAGAUGUUUGAUCACAGACAUUAUAAGGGGAGUUUUACUGAAGAAGAAGACAGAAAAUUGCUAAAGUACUAUAAAAGGUAUGGCCCGAAAUGGCAGAAAAUUGCUGAAAAGAUAGGUCGAAGUCCUUUCUCCCUCAGGAAACGAUAUCCACAAAUUAGUUCGGAUAAAAGAAAGGGACCGUGGACUACUGAGGAGGUGCAGAGGCUUUUAAAGGCUGUGCGUGAGCAUGUUGUAUCUGUCCUGAAAUCUGCAAACCCUAAUAAAAAGAAACCAAAAAGAGUCAGUAGAGAAAUACUGUACGAAAAUUUGCCCUGGACCACAAUUGCUGAGAAUGUUGAAACUCGAUGUUAUAGGCAAUGCAGAGAGAAAUGGAUGUGCAUACUCUCUGUGCGAAUGUCCUCAGGGACCAAAUUUAGAGGAAAGACAUGUGUGCUGGCCAAAAUCAGACUCAUCAAAGCGAUGUAUGAAAUGCAAGUGGAGGAUCUGACGGAUCUUGACUGGGGAAGUCUCACAGCUGCUUUCGGAAAUGUCCCUCCAACAUAUGUUCAAAAAAUGUGGUACAAAAUGAAAAACAGCUUGGUGCCAGAUUGGAACACCAGGAGUUUUAAAGACAAUAUGUCAUUUCUCCACAAUGACAUUUUGCCAUGCCUGGUGAGAAGUUGCAAAGGCUUUGAUGUCGAUGAGGUCAAGGUAGAGCAGAAGGAACUAUUCCGGCUAUCAAAAAUUUUUAAGGACAUUGAGGAAGAUGUCAAGGACAUUAAGAAAGAGGGCCAGGACAUUGAGGAAGAUGUCAAGGACAUUAAGAAAGAGGGCCAGGACAUUGAGAAAGAUGUCAAGGACAUUGAUGAAGAUGUCAAGGACAUUGAGAAAGAGGGCCAGGACAUUGAGAAAGAUGGCCGUGAUGGAGAUGAAGAGACUGGCCAGCAGGAGAACAACAGCUUUAAUCAAUAGUGAGCAAUUGGUCACAGUCUCCAGACCAAUGAUUUAAAGAAAAGAUGUACAUAGUUUUUUAAAAUUUGUUUUAUUCUUGGGUUUUACAGUUGAGCAGGAAAAACUGAAUCUGUCAAAUGUUUCAAAGGUUUUCUGGACAUUUCGUUUUUCCUCAAAGAGUUCAAACUUGGGUGAUAGAGGUAAACAAUGGGAGAGCACGCAGUGGCAGAAUUACAUUACAUCAAUCCAAUUACAUUUUCAGACCAGCCAUGGCCCGAUGCAGUGGGUCAGAACUCCAGAAGUCAUGGUCCCACCCCAAGAACCAGCCUGUAAAGGUCGGAAAUUCAAAGCCCUGAUUCACUGUAACAAUAGGGGUCCUCUUAUCCCUACUGGCAGGAUCUGUUCAAUAUAUUUGGCCACUAAAGUGAGAAACGUAAAGAGGUACAUGGUUAGUUAGGGAUAACUCCAUAAUCGUACUGUUGUGAAAAUUGGGUUCUCCUCACCUGAUCAUUUCCCAUCCAAACAAAGACCUUAGGAACAA